AUGGACACCACCACCACCUCAUUCACCACCAGCAAAUGUGAAGAAUUUUUAUCAUUUUUUCAAUCAAAAAUCAACACCAUCCACUCUGAACUGGCCGCCUCCUCUCCCAUCUUCUCCACUACCCCUGAUCAUGCCCCCCCUUUACUCUCUUACCACCCACUCAACUUCUUCUCCGAAAUCACCACAACUGACCUAUCCUCCAUAACUUCUGGUAUGAAAGCCUCCACCUGCAUCCUCGACCCAAUCCCAUCCACUUUAGUCAUAGCCUGCCUCCCCUCACUCUCACCUCUCAUCACCACUAUCAUUAACUCCUCCCUAUCCACUGGCUCUGUCCCUCCUGCCCUCAAGCUGGCUGCCAUCACCCCCAUUCUCAAGAAACCCGGUCUCGACCCUAACUCCCCCAACAACUACAGGCCCAUCUCCAACCUCCCCUUCCUCUCUAAAAUUCUCGAACGUGCAGUUGCCUCCCAAAUCAAAUCCCACCUUCACCACAAUAACCUAUACGAAAAGUUCCAAUCCGGCUUCCGCUCACUCCACAGCACAGAAACUGCCCUCCUCAAGGUCACCAAUGACAUCCUCCUCUCCGCCGACUCUGAUCUAUGUGAAGACCUCAACAUAGAGAUGAAAGGAGGAAAGUUGGUGGAACCAACGGUGGAUUGUGCCAUGCUUUCACAGUUACCUAAACUCCCUAAAACUACAACCACGUUGGACAUUGGACAUGCUAAAGGUUUUGUACAUAAGGUGCAGAUACGCACAGAUGUUAAACCAGUGCAACAAAAACUCAGACGCCUGCCGCUUUCAGUACGUGAUACCGUCACGGCAGAGCUGAAUGAACUGGAAAAGCAGGGAAUCAUAGAGGGAGUUGAUUCAUCCAAAUGGGUUUCCCCUAUUGUAGUCACUCGGAGGAAGAACGGGAAAAUCCGCAUGUGUGUGGAUAUGAGGGAACCUAACAAGGCAGUGGUCCCUGACAGCCAUCCAUUACCACUGAUCGAGGACGUACUUGCUGAGCUGCGCGGGUCAAAGAUGUACUCCACCUUGGAUCUGAAAAGCGCAUACCAUCAACUGGAACUGCAUGAGGAGAGCAGAAAUCUCACUGCUUUCAUUACACACGAAGGAUUGUACAGAUACCGCAGAGUUCCUUAUGGACUAAGUUCAGCUCCUGCAGCAUUCCAGAAAAUGAUGACAAAAAUACUCAGUGGAUUAAAGGGGGUUAAGUGUUACCUAGAUGAUGUCAUAAUCUAUGGGCCCUCACAGGAAGAACAUGACGCGAACCUGAAAGCUGUAAUGAACCGUAUUCAGGAAGCGGGUCUGCAGCUCAACAAGGAAAAAUGCCUCUUCAGUCAGACUACACUGACAUUCCUGGGCCACAGACUCUCACCUGAAGGCUUACAGCCAAGCGAUGGCCAUGUAACUGCAAUCCUGAAUGCGCCUGCUCCUACCGAUGCAGCUACCCUGCGCUCAUUCCUGGGCUUAAGUGCAUGGUAUAGCAAAUUUAUACCUAACUACGCCAGCCCGGUAAAGCCAAUGAGAGCUCUGUUGUGGAAGAAUACAAUUUUCAAGUGGAAUGAUGCAGCACAACAGAGCUUUGAUCAAGUCAAAAACAUGGUUGUCAACAGCCCAGCACUGACACUGUUUGACCCAAACAAACCAACAGUGGUCUCAACUGACGCUUCUGAUUACGGACUUGGAGCUGUUUUGACACAGGUGAAUGAGGCAGGAGAGGAAGACACAAUCGCUUUCGCCUCCCGCAGUUUAUCAGAUGCUGAAAGAAAGUACUCUAUAGUUGAAAAAGAGGCUCUCGCAUGCGUUUGGGCUGCUGAAAAGUGGCGUGUGUGGCUCUGGGGAAAGAAGUUCCUGUUACGCACUGACAAUCAAGCUCUAACUACACUCCUGACUACCAAGGGAAAUAAUCGAGCUGGACUUCGGGUUGCCCGGUGGUCUGCUCGCUUAAUGGAGUUUGACUAUGAGGUCCAGUACAGAGCUGGAACACUGAACAGCGUCGCCGACUGCUUAUCCAGACUACCACUUCCUGCGACAAACAAGGAUUAUACUGAGACCGUGGAGUCAGUCGCAACAAUACUGGACGACAUUCAAGCAGUCACUCAAGCGGACUUCAAAGCGGAGAGUAACUUGUGCCCUGUGCUGACCAAACUUCGCGCACAGCUACAAAAGCCUUGGCCAAGACAAAAGAAAGUGCUUGACCAUGACCUACAGCCAUACUACUUGAUACGUGACGAACUGGCAGUUUUGGAUGACUGCGUGGUCAGAGGCACUCACCGUCUCGUGGUUCCAGGGUCACUACAGAAAAGGCUCAUAGAUAUUGCACAUGAGACUCAUCAGGGCAUUGUCAGAACAAAACAACGCAUCAGAGAACUAUACUGGUGGCCUAAAAUGGACGCACAAGUUGAAUCACUCAUCAAAGACUGUACUACAUGCAGACAAAAUGACAAGUCAGUUACUACCUACAAUGCCCCACUCCAACCUGUGCCUUUGCCUGAUGCCGCAUGGGAAAAAGUGUCAAUUGACAUCGUUGGUCCUUUUGAAUCUGCACCAAGAGACUGCAGAUAUGCUGUAACGCUUGUGGACUACUUCAGUAAAUGGCCGGAAGUAGCUUUUGUGGCACAGAUUGAUACUGCAACAAUCAUCCAGUUCCUCAUAGCAACCUUUUCACGGGAAGGUAAUCCAAAAGAGUUAGUGAGUGACAAUGGUACUCAGUUCACAUCAGCUGAAUUCGAAAAUUUCCUAAAACAAAGAGGAAUUGUGCACCUGAAAUCAUCUCUAUAUUAUCCCCGUGCAAAUGGAGAAGUUGAGAGGUUCAACCGAGUGCUCAAAGACUGCCUGAAGACUGCUUCUAUACAAGGGACACCCUGGAAGCCAUUCACAAGGUCCUUUCUUAUGGACUACAGAGCUACUCCACACUCAACCACUGGGGUGAGCCCCUCACAGCUGCUUCAUGGAAGACAAAUGAGAACAAAACUCCAAAUCAUGGAUGUGACUCCUGUCCACGUAAAUAAGAAUGUGGUGCGUGAACGAGUUAAAAAGAUACAGGAAUACGCAAAACAGUACACAGACAGGAAGAGGAGUGCAAAGAAGACAUCCUUCAACCCUGGUGAUCAGGUCAGGAUUCGGAAGCCAUGGAAGGUAAAGAAAGGAGAACAAAAGUUCACAAAGCCAAGAACUGUGGUGCGGAAGAAAGGCCCAUACACCUACCUGUUGGAUGAUGGAGGAGUAUAG